UUUGUGCGCAGCGGAGUUACCUUUAUAUCAAUUUCGAGGCGUUCGACAAAAAUUAAAAACUAAUUUAUAGUAAAAGACGCGCUGCAGUCAACCUAUAUAUAUAUACGUAUAUAUAUAUAUAUAUGUUAGCUGCAAAUAACAAGCACAAACAACAAGAGGCGGCUACAAAGUGAUUACGAAUUUUUAAAAGACUCUCGAAGAGAGCGAAAGAGAGCGCGAGCUUGUGUGCGAGAGGAGGAGUGCAGGCCAGAGAGAUAGACCGAGAGAGCUACUGAGCUACAGCGAAAGAGCAAAUCUGUGUGCAGCGUGCAGUGUGCAGUGUGCAUCAUCAACCCGCCCAGCCAGACCCCCAACACGUUGCAUCGAAAUGAGCAAGAAACCGACUGCCGGCCCGGCGCUCCACAAGGUCAUCAUGGUGGGCAGCGGAGGCGUUGGCAAAUCGGCCCUCACCUUGCAGUUCAUGUACGAUGAGUUCGUCGAGGACUAUGAGCCGACCAAGGCCGAUAGCUAUAGGAAAAAGGUUGUGCUCGAUGGCGAGGAAGUACAAAUAGAUAUACUAGACACAGCCGGCCAGGAGGAUUACGCAGCCAUCAGAGAUAAUUAUUUUCGCAGCGGCGAGGGUUUUCUCUGUGUCUUCUCAAUUACAGACGAUGAAAGCUUCCAGGCCACCCAGGAAUUCAGAGAACAAAUAUUGCGAGUGAAAAACGAUGAGAGCAUACCGUUCCUGCUGGUGGGCAACAAAUGCGAUCUGAAUGACAAACGCAAGGUGCCCCUCAACGAGUGCCAGGUGAGGGCGCAGCAGUGGUCCGUGCCCUAUGUGGAGACCUCAGCCAAGACGCGCGAGAAUGUGGACAAGGUAUUUUUUGAUUUGAUGCGCGAAAUAAGAUCACGAAAAACCGAAGAUUCGAAAGCCACGAGCGGGCGUGCUAAAGAUAGAUGCAAGAAGCGGAGACUUAAGUGUACCCUACUUUAGGCAUUAGGUAUUUUUCGAUCUAAUCAGGGAUAUUUCAUCACGCAAAAAACAACGUCAGAUGGACGUGAAAGAGCCGGCGAAGC